CUCCGAAGCCCUGUCGUCGUCCCCAAGGGAGCGAAGAGAAAGCCCGAUGAAGCACAUAUUUAAGAUCAAGCGGCACCCUCACCGAUCCAACGAGAUCCCCUCCCCAUCCCCCGCCGGCGGUGCGGGGGCGACAUCGGCGCCCCCUGCCUCGGCCGUCUCCCCCUCCUGUGCCUCCGACCACCGUGCCACGGCGGCGCCCGCGCCACCGUCCCCGGCCGAGCCCCCUCGGUCGGCCGCCGCCGGGGACGACCGGCAGGACUACUUCUCGUCCGAGGAGGAGUUCCAGGUGCAGCUGGCGCUUGCGAUCAGUGCUUCGAAUACGGAGUUCACGGGCGAUCUAGAUGGCGAUCAGAUCCGCGCCGCGAAGCUGUUGAGCCUGGGGAGGGACCGGAUCGACCAGGAUCGGGAGGAGGGAACGGCGGAGUCGCUGUCGCGGAGGUACUGGGACUAUAACGUGCUUGACUAUGAUGAGAAAGUUGUGGAUGGGUUCUAUGACAUUUAUGGGCUCUCAGGCAAUGCUGCAAAUCACGGAAGGAUGCCAUCACUAAUCGAACUCCAAACUAGCAUUGGGGAUUUAGGUUUUGAGGUUAUUGUAGUCAACCGUCCAAUUGACCCUGCAUUAGUAGAGUUGGAGCAAGUCGCACAAUGCAUUUGUUUAGGCUGCCCUACUGCUGAAAUGGGGCUGUUGGUGCAAAGAAUAUCUGAAUUGGUUAUGGAGCAUAUGGGCGGUCCUGUGAGGGAUGCAAACGACAUGCUAACAAAAUGGAUGGAGAAAAGCACCGACUUACGAACCACACAACAGACAAGUUUGUUACCAAUUGGUUGCAUAAGAGUAGGGUUGUCUCGGCAUCGGGCUCUACUGUUUAAGGUUCUUGCAGAUAAUGUUGGCAUUCCUUGCAGGCUGGUUAAAGGGAGUCACUACACUGGUGUGGAUGACGAUGCUGUCAACAUAAUAAAGUUUGAUGCAAGGGAAUUCUUGGUUGAUCUUAUGGCUGCUCCGGGCACUUUAAUUCCAGCAGAUGUACUUAGUUUAAAGGACACUUCUUACAAGCCAAAAGCAAGUAGGACUGUGAGCCCUUCGACAAGCAAACCAGAGGAUGACCUUUUCAAAGUUGAGCGAUUACGUGAGGUGCAUAACAAUGGAAAUGAAAUUCCACUCUUGGAUAUGAAUAAGGUGCAUGAUAAAAGAUUAAGAUAUGAAAAAUCAAUUGUGAUUCCUUCAGUUCGAAGUGAUCAUAAUGGAGAAUCAUCUACAACUAGUGGAUGUACUUCUAUGGGAAAUACGAGUUUGUGUAUGCAAGACCAAGCUGAUCAGUUUACAUCUUCUACCAGUGCAACUUGCUCAAAGCAAAAAGCGAUUGUUGUUGCUGAAACAGAUGGUGAUAAUAUGGGAAAAGGAAAGGUCAAUACAGCAUUUAAUCCACAAGAUUCUGUAGGCUCAACAAAUCUUUUUGCUGAGCUGAAUCCUUUCCAGGUAAUUGGAGUUGACAAAGGUGCUCCACAUUUCAAAACUACCGACAUUACAAAUAGUGGAUAUCAAAGGUGCAGGGAAAAAGUUGCUCUGGGUCCUGGAAGGUCCCAAGUUCCAUUGGUUUGGAAAGGACGUUCUGCAUGCAAUGAAGUUCCUAAUACGAAGCAUAAUAAUUUUGUGGAGGAGUCAAUUCCGCAGAGGAAUUUUGUACUGAAGUCACCAUCUCCAAAAAUGCCCAACUUAGCUGCAAAAGUAUAUUCUGGAGGUUUAAUUUCUGGUUCUUCUGUUAUUUCAAACUCUAGCGGGGCAGUUUCUUCUGAAAAUCAAACUAGUGAUGCUUCUCUAAAUAUGGGCCAUUCUUCCUCGGACUAUAUUAAAUCAGGUAUCGCUUCAGGGAAGAACCUUAAUCAUGAAGUACACAGACACCGUCUUGAUGUUCAAAAAGAUCAUUCACUUGUCUCCGAAAAAUAUCUAAUAGAUGACCAUGCGUGUCAACUAGUUUUGAAAAACCGCCAGUCACAUGAACUGAAGGGACAUGGGAAACAUCUUAAGGAGAAACAUGAUCCAAAAAAUUGCUCUCGUGAUAGAUAUAUGGAAACAAGUAUAAGCUCAAUUGAGCAAGGAUCUUCAAGUUCACAAGCCAGGCCAAGUCAGUUUGAUCCAAUGCUAGAUGAUGUGGCUGAAUGCGAAAUCCCAUGGGAAGACCUAGUAAUUGGAGAGAGGAUUGGAUUAGGUUCAUACGGAGAAGUAUAUCGUGCAGAUUGGAAUGGAACGGAAGUAGCUGUGAAGAAGUUCCUAGACCAGGACUUUUAUGGGGAUGCUUUGGAUGAAUUCCGAAGUGAAGUUCGGAUAAUGCGCAGGUUGCGUCAUCCAAACGUUGUCCUUUUCAUGGGUGCUGUAACUCGUCCUCCUAACCUGUCUAUUGUUUCAGAGUUUCUUCCAAGAGGCAGCUUGUACAGGAUUCUUCAUCGUCCUAAUUGUCAAAUUGACGAGAAACGAAGGAUAAAAAUGGCCCUUGAUGUGGCUAGGGGAAUGAAUUGCUUGCACACCAGUGUACCUACCAUUGUCCACCGGGAUCUUAAAUCGCCUAAUUUAUUGGUCGACAAGAAUUGGACUGUUAAGGUUUGUGAUUUUGGGCUGUCACGAUUGAAGCAUAGUACAUUUCUAUCAUCGAAAUCCACAGCUGGAACUCCUGAGUGGAUGGCACCAGAGGUGUUGCGCAAUGAAAAUUCCAAUGAAAAAUGCGAUGUCUAUAGUUUUGGAGUAAUCCUAUGGGAACUUGCAACGUUGAGGAUGCCAUGGAGUGGAAUGAACCCAAUGCAAGUGGUUGGUGCUGUUGGGUUUCAGGAACGACGACUUGACAUUCCAAAAGAAGUUGAUCCCCUGGUUGCAAGCAUCAUUUGGGAAUGCUGCCAAACGGACCCAAACCUGCGCCCUUCAUUUGCGCAACUGACAACUGCUCUGAGGUCCUUACAGCGGCUUGUCAUCCCCUCAUACCAGGAAACACACAGCCCUCCGGUGGCACAAGAGAUAUCUGUAAACCUGACACCUUGAGCUCUUAAGAACUGUGCAUAAGUAUAUUGCGUAACCUCAAGAGUUGGAUUUGGCCAUAAUCGGCAGCCAGUCCAAAGCUUCUUUUCCAUUUUUUUGGCAAUCAUUGUAAAGUGGAUCAUGUUUAUAGCAAUGCCAAGUCGAAAACCUUGUGUUUUGUAAAUGGAACUACCGUCUAUUUUUCUUUCUUUUUUUUCCUCUGUUCCCAUGUCUGCCUAGCCGGAAACCGGCCAGCCGUAGAGGGAAACACCAAACAACGGAUACUUUAUUCAAUAGCGCCCUUGGUUGGAAUGUAAUCGUAUCUGUACUCUUUUUACUAUUAAACUGUGACAUCAUUUACAAUGCAAACUUUGUGCUUUCUUGCA